UAUAGUAGAUAGGUACUUCGUUGAAAAUAUUAUACAUCAGCAGAAAACGUGACUUUUAUUAUUAUAUUCGUGGUUAUUUUCAGAAAAAAAAUAAGACGGCAAUUUGACCUAAGUAAAACGACUUCGACUUAAAAAUUAUAGGAAAAAAACUAAGUACUACAUGGUAUGGUAGUACUGAGAACAGACUAAAAAAAGAACAACGUUACCAGUGAUAUUGAAAUGUAAACAUAUGCUGAACUCGUUUUCAUGUUAAUAUGUGGUCGCGGUUGUAAGUGGUUUUUUUUAGUCAUCGGUUGACGAUAAGAAGUAAAGAUCUGUGCCUGAAAUAGUGUAGGAUGGUCCAGACUCUGUGAAAGAGUUCGUACACGUGACUGUGUUAAUUAUCAACGAGGAAAUUGUGUAAUUUUCGCGUAAUUAUCAGGUUUUUCCGCUUUUAAUGAAACGAGCGCUUGGGACUUCCGGUAGUAGUGUUUUUGAUGUUAUCUAUAGUGUAUGGAGUCUAGGAUUAGGUGCUCUUAACAAGUUUAAUCACCGCCGACCAUCUACCUAGACUCGACCCAUCGCCGUCGUACCAGAGGAGGUACGGCCCAACGGGAAAGGCACCGCAUGGUUCACUCGACCGUCUGUUAGUUACGGAACUGUGACGAAGAUCUUAACCAGUUUAACCACAAACGCGAGGCAAAAACAGCAAGAAAAACACAAUAUUCGGUCAUGGAUUACACGGAUUUUACGCUAAUCGGAUGUUUGAUAGUGGCAGUGUGUUUUGGCAUCGGCGAGAGUAGGAAAGGUUUGAACGGUAGAUGUCGUACCGUAGACGAGUGCAAACCCAUAGGAUAUUUCUGUGGCAGGAACGAGACUUGUCAAUGUAGAUCUGGCUAUAGACCCGAUGAGAAGUGGACAAAAUGCACUGGAUAUGUAGGAUCCAAGUGUAUUUACGACCACCACUGUAUAGAAGGGGCAUAUUGUGCGGGUAUUGAUGGAAGGGCAACGUGUAAGUGCCAGGAGGAUGAAGAUUAUUUUCUAAGUGAGGACGGACAAACAUGUAUAAGUGGCGCUGUGUCGACUCAUCACCAAAGAGUACUAUAUCCAAUUACAUUAGGAUAUCUACUAUUAAGGUUUUAUUUAAACACGUAAUUUUUAACAAAAUAUUUUAUUUUGUUUAAAAUUAAAAAAAAACAGAUUAUUUAUACAGGGUGCCUUACCUAAACUGAAGAUUUAAGUGCUCACACUCCUCGUUUACACACCAAGGUUUUUUUCAAACGAUAUGAAACGAAUUUUCUUGUAAAUAUACACCCUGUAUAUAUUAAUAAAAAAAAUCGGUUUGGAUUUGUACUGCCGAUGUUUCUAAUAAGACAACAAUACAACUUUCUUUUUGACUUUCAAUAUACAGAGACGCAGAUAAAUUCUAAUAGCAUCAUAGGGAAUUUUUUUUUAAAUGUUUACCUUAGGUGAAAUUUGACUUCGACAGUAUGCUUUGAAUUAGGUUAAAAAUGACAUAAGAAAAAUACAUAUAUAAUAAAAAUAAAUACCCACAAAAAUAGUUUCCUUGUCUACUUUUUUAAUCAACUUUUUCAAAUAAAGUUUUUCUAAAUUCGAUCUAUAAACCCAUUUUUUAGCCAUUAAUUACUUUAAUUGUCAUAUUUGAUAUUAUAUCAGAUUUGACCUAAAUCAAUAAAUAAAAACAAAAUCUCAUAUGAAGCUGAGUAAUAGCUGUGACACGCUGUAUAGAAAAGUUCUUUAGUAAGUAAUAGAUUCUCUAUUAAUAUUUUUCUGAAGCUUUACAAUUUCACUCAUAUAAUCUCACACAAGUCUACUUAAGAUGUCCAUUCACGUGAUCAAUCAAGCAAAAUAUUAUUUCAAAAUACACAAUAAACAUUGGAUUAAUAGAAAUAAAGGCGGCAGAAAUGCAAAACGAUUAUUUUAUUAAUAAAUAAUCUUUGGCUUCAAUUUUUAAACAAACCCUGUAUAUACCAUGUGAUUGGCGACUUUUUUUGAUGUCAU